GCACAUUAAAGAAUUUCAGCGCCUCACUGUAAGGCUUAGUUAAAGAAGCAAAGCGUCCCUCAGACCACCGCAGGCUUAACCUAUUUUAGGACCCCACCCUCACAGGUUUUCGAUUCUGUAGGUCUAGGUGGGGCUGUAAAUUCAGGUGACGGGAAGGUAACGUCCAGAAAUAACGGGUGCCCAAGUGACUCGAGGAGGGAGCGCAAUAAAUGUUCACUGCGAACAUCAUCACCAGCCAAGCUGCCCACGCCAGACGCCCGGGUACAGCGCGCAGGGGAGCGACGGCCUCCGCCCGGACCUUCCCGACUUCUUGCCUCUUCGCCGAGAAACAGGUCAGAAAGGCAGGCGGCAGGAGCAGCAGUGUCGCUGCCUGAUGGAAGGGGACCCCUGUCUCCGACAUCCGCCCCUGGGGAGAGGCAGAGGCCAUCGCCGCCGGAGCUCCGCCGCGCCGAGUCCGCAGCUGUUAGCUGUUGGGUGAAGCCAGAAUGGGUGAGCCCUGAAUGUGUCCUUGGGCAUACUUAGCAGUUCAUUUUUGAUUAGCUGAAAGAAGAUAGCCAUUCAAACAAAACUUCAGGGCCUGGGGGAGUUGUGGACUCUCUGAAUUUCAAGAACAGUGAAGUUGGAGUACAGUGGAAGGCAUAUAAAAGACUACAUAGGGAUCCUGUCCUCCUAAAAUCCUCCAUUCAAAUGCCCAUUUCAGAGACAAGUUGAGAAGCUGCUAAACUCUCAAGAUUGGAAAGAAGACUAAUGAAGAAAAACAACAUGAUUCAGGAAUAUCAUUGAGUCCCUGGGAAUGUACAAAAGUGUCUGAUUGAGAAACGUAUGAAAUGUAGGACAAGAGCCUACAUCAGGAAGUGUACAUGGGAAUUACUGUCAAGGAACCUGUUCAUAGAUGCGAACCGUAGCUGCCAGAGGUGAUGGGAAUGUACUUGCACAAUGGGAGAAGCUGGUAACUUAUAGAAAGCCAAGGUGACAAGAAUUUUUUUGCAUAAUCUAAGGAAGAAUUCGGUUCAAAAAUGAGGUGAAUUAAUUUUGGGGCACUCAAAACCGUGGACAGCUACAUGAAGUUUUAAAAAAACUGCCCUGACCAUCUUGCCAAAGGAGUCCCCACUUAUGAGGCCCAACGAGAUAAACCAGCCAAGGAGGGACAAUGUCCUGCCCUGUAGGAACAGUGACCGCUGACCUUCAAGAGCAAGCUGGUAACUGCAUUGUUGUCUCUUAAUACAAUGAAGGAAGUGGUUUAUUGGUCACCCAAGAAGGUGGCAGACUGGCUCCUGGAGAAUGCUAUGCCAGAAUACUGUGAACCUCUGGGACAUUUUACAGGCCAAGACUUGAUCAGCCUAACCCAAGAGGACUUCACAAAACCCCCCUUGUCCCGAGUCUCCUCAGACAACGGGCAGCGGCUCUUAGACAUGAUAGAGACCCUGAAAAUGGAGCACCACAUGGAAGCACACAAGAACGGCCACGCCAAUGGGCACCUGAGCAUUGGCGUAGACAUCUCCACCCCUGAAGGCAGCUUCAACAUCAAGACAAAACCCAAUGGGAUACCAAACGGGUUUAGGAAAGAGAUGAUACAGAUCCCCAUGCCAGAACUGGAACGCUCCCAGUACCCCAUGGAGUGGGGCAAGACUUUUCUGGCCUUUAUUUAUGCACUUUCCUGUUUUGUCCUCACCACAGUGAUGAUCUCGGUCGUCCAUGAACGAGUACCUCCUAAGGAGGUGCAGCCUCCACUACCGGACACAUUUUUUGACCAUUUUAACCGGGUGCAGUGGGCCUUUUCUAUUUGUGAAAUUAAUGGCAUGAUCCUUGUAGGACUUUGGUUAAUUCAAUGGCUACUCUUAAAAUACAAGUCUAUUAUUAGCAGAAGAUUUUUCUGCAUAGUUGGCACGCUGUACCUGUAUCGGUGUAUUACAAUGUAUGUAACUACACUCCCAGUACCUGGUAUGCAUUUCAACUGUUCUCCGAAGCUUUUUGGUGACUGGGAAGCCCAAGUGCGGAGAAUAAUGAAGCUGAUUGCUGGAGGUGGCUUGUCUAUCACUGGCUCUCACAACAUGUGUGGGGACUAUCUGUACAGCGGGCACACGGUCAUGCUAACGCUCACCUACUUAUUUAUCAAAGAGUAUUCACCUCGACGACUCUGGUGGUAUCACUGGAUUUGCUGGCUGCUCAGCGUCGUUGGAAUCUUCUGUAUUCUCUUAGCGCAUGACCACUACACUGUGGACGUGGUAGUGGCAUAUUACAUCACCACACGACUCUUCUGGUGGUAUCACACAAUGGCCAAUCAGCAAGUGCUAAAGGAAGCUUCCCAGAUGAACCUCCUGGCCAGGGUGUGGUGGUACAGGCCAUUUCAGUACUUUGAAAAGAAUGUCCAAGGAAUUGUACCUCGAUCUUACCACUGGCCUUUUCCCUGGCCCGUAGUCCACCUCAGUAAGCAAGUUAAAUACAGCCGGCUGGUGAACGACACAUAACAGCUGUACAAUGGGGGAGUGAGAAACUGUCCCAAGUGCUAAGAACUCCAUGAGAGAAGAUGCCAUAAAAUAAACACCUCCCUAAUUCUAUUAUCUUUCAACAGUUACCUUGACUUAACCUAUUGAGUUACCUGGUCAGCACUGUGAUCUUUUUUUCUCUCCAAAGGACCUGCGCUGGACAACAAUAAAGAAAAUUUAACUUAUCAUGCACUGUACACAUUUUCUGUUCAUAAAUUUGGGAUUUACAUUACCCGCAGCCACCAUGUUCCUUUGUAUAUGAAGCAGCAGUAUAAAUGUAAGCUUUUAUAUCAUUAAGUUCUGGUCUUUCCAGUCAUAUCUGGAAAUAAAGCAUAUUAUUUUCUUGGGAAAACAUACUUUUCAUAUCGCUUGCCCCAAAGAUUGGGCUGUAAGCCAUUUUCUAGCAGAUGUCUCUAUGAAGGUUUCUAAGUACCUGAAUGGGGUUCAAUUCUGAAAUCUUCCUGCCUGUUGCACCAAUGUUCAAAUAAAAGUCACAGACACAGAGAGGUUUGGUAACUUUGGAUUUUGUAAAAUCAACAGAGAUGGUGUGUCCAAAAGAGAGAAAAAAAAUCUGUUAUAAAGUGAUUUUCUAAGUAUUUCCUAACUUUAUUUUUCAAA